ACGAUUCAGAAAGUGCUGAACUCAUCGCAAGUGGCCAGCCGCCAGCAGGCCCUAAACUUAUUCUUCCAAAACCCAAAUCAGAAAAUCGAAUUCCGACACAAAUGGCUACUUUCCCGGCAAAAUUUCAAUUUUCUCUUUUCAUUAUUCUCUCCCUAGCUAUCCUAAUUCAUGCCAGAUUAAAUCUGGACCCUUCAGAUUCCGAUGCUGUCGUAAUUUUCAAAAAAAGCUUGGGUUUCAAGGAUCAGUUGCUAGAAAAUCCUUGCAACUCACCUGGAAUAUACUGUGAGAGAAUAACUUUCUCUGGAAAUUCAGAGAUAUUCCGAGUCAGUCGAAUCAGUCUUGCUUCGGAAUGGCUCAAUGGAACCUUAUCUGCCGUAAUCAAACAAUUCUCUGAGCUCAAAGAACUUUCUCUUCCUAACAAUCAACUCGUUGACCAAAUUCCUAGUGAAAUUGGUCAUUGCCGGAAUUUAGAAGUUUUAAACCUCAAGAACAAUCGAUUUUCCGGUGAUGUUCCAUCUGAGUUUUCAUUUCUAGUAAGUCUUCGAAUACUUGAUCUAUCUGACAAUAAGUUUACAGGUGAUUUAAACUUCUUGAAGUUUUUGCCUAACCUCGAAAAACUGUCUCUUUCGGAAAAUUUAUUUACUGGAAAAGUUCCAGCUUCAGUGUAUAAUAUUCAAUUUCUUAGUCUUUCUGGAAAUAGUUAUCUCCAAAUUCCACAAAAGAAAACACCUAAGAAUAUAGAUUAUCUACCUAGUGAGUUGAGAACCAAAAAUGUCCUUCCAAAACGUUAUAUAUUUGCAGAGAAAGCUGUUUCACCUGCAGCCAGUAAAGGCGCCAAUUCCAGCAACAACUCUUCUGCGGCUCCUUCACCUUCGAGCCAUAAACACAAAAAACACAAAAGAAAUGUGAAGGCUUGGACUAUCGGGUUCAUUCUUGGUACAAUUGUUGGAGUGCUAUCAGGUCUCUUCUUCUCUGUGUUAUUUAAGAUUCUUAUAGUGUGUAUUAAAGGGAGAGAGAAGGAAACAUCAGGCCCAACAAUCUUCAGUCAAAUGAUCAAAAAAGCUGAAGAUCUAGCUUUUCUGGAGAAAGAAGACGGUUUAGCAUCGUUAGAGAUGAUAGGUCGAGGUGGCUGUGGAGAAGUUUAUAGAUCUGAAUUACCUGGAAGCGGCGGGAAGAUGAUUGCAAUUAAGAAAAUAAAUCAGCCCCGGAUUGAAGUAACUGAUAUAACUGGAGGAGAUAGCAAAAACUUGAGUAAGAAGAUGAGGCAAGUACGUUCAGAAAUACAGACAGUGGGUCAAAUUAGGCACCGAAAUCUCCUUUCUCUACUGGCCCACGUGAGUCGGCCUGAUUGUCAUUAUCUUAUUUACGAAUACAUGAAGAACGGAAGCUUACAAGAUGCAUUAAAGCAGGCAACAGAUGGCACUAGGGAAAUGGAUUGGUUGUUGCGGCAUAAAAUUGCUAUUGGGGUUGCAGCAGGCCUAGAGUAUUUACACCAUCAACAUAGUCCUCGCAUCAUCCAUAGGGAUCUGAAACCUGCAAAUGUCCUACUUGAUGAUGAUCUAGAGGCCCGAAUUGCUGAUUUUGGGCUUGCGAAGGCUAUGCCAAAUGACAAUACCCAUGUCACAACAUCUAAUGUGGCAGGAACAGUUGGUUAUAUUGCACCAGAGUACCACCAGACGUUGAAGUUCACGGACAAGUGUGAUAUAUACAGUUUCGGUGUGCUGUUGGCAGUGUUAGUGAUGGGGAAAUUGCCCUCAGAUGAGUUCUUCCAAGACACGGAAGAGAUGAGCCAGGUGAAAUGGCUAAGAAAUGUUAUGGCCUCAGAUGACCCUGGUAGAGCAAUUGAUCCUAAACUUAUGGGAAAUGGAUACGAGGAGCAAAUGCUUCUCGUCCUAAAAAUUGCUUGCUUCUGCACUCAGGAGGAUCCUAAGGUGAGACCCAACAGUAAAGAUGUCAGAUGCAUGUUGACUCAGAUCAAGCAUUAAACGUAGAGGUAAGAUGGUGGGUGAAAUAUCUGAUGUUACCCUGUUUGUAUCCAUUAUAAUCCAAGCCUUACUAUUAGGCGUCAAUAAGAAGAGUCUUGAGUAUGUCAGCAGUUCCUUAAGUUUGUAUGUAAGAAGAGUCUUGUUGUUACGAGUAUAUUUUUGUUUCCAACUAGAUAAAAUAAACUCCAACUAUAUGUAAUUGCAGAAGAUAUUAUGAUCUUUUUCAUGGUAAAUUAACUCACGAAGUCGUUAGUACUCGCUGGUUA